UACUUUUUCUUGCCAGAUACCAAAAAAAAAAUGCCAAAGAAACUCCAAAAGUCUCUCCAAGACUACAUCUAUAAGAUCAAAAACCCUACCCAAAAUAUCCAAUUAUCUUCUAAUUCUUUCUCAAAUUCAAAGAACUGGAUAUUAAGAGGCUGCAAACACCCUAGAACACUAUCCUUUGCCAUAGCUGGUAACCAGAAUAAGAGUCAUGAUGAAGGAGACGAGGAGAAGGGUGGCGCGGCAACACUCUCUGAUGUGGAUCGCUUCCUUUUCGAGAAUUUUAGGUCACUUUAUAUCAAUGAUGACGAUGGGAAUAUUUUUCAAAAGGAAAGUGAUCGUAGAUCUAGAGGAGGUGACCAAGCUCCGAGCAUGAACAAGAUUUUAAUUGAUUCACCUAGGUAUAUUGAUCCACCACUGGAUCUGUGUGGCUCCCAUCGAUUCUUUGUGGAGCGGGGCUCAUCAUCCGGUUCACUUGUGGAAGAGGCACGGUCCAGCUUAACUGCCACCUCCGAGAACAUGGGUUCAAGUUCAAGUUCAACCUCAGUCUCAACCACCACCCUCAAUGACGACUCUGCCACAAUUGCUUCAAAUGAUCCAAAGCAGGUUAGGCUACCAGAUGACUGCAUCGCAGUGCUAACCUACUCUCCGAGUCCCUACGAUGAUUUUCGGCGGUCCAUGCAAGAAAUGGUGGAAGAAAAAUUGCAGAAUAACGGUAAGGUUGAUUGGGACUUCAUGGAAGAGCUUUUGCUAUGUUACUUGAACUUGAAUGAGAAAACGUCCCACAAGUUCAUACUCAGUGCUUUCGUGGACCUCAUUGUUGGUUUGCGCAAGAAUCCGGACAAGGUUCCUGUCAGAUCACGCCAUUCUCGAAUUGCAAGAUCAGGGGGGAGGAGGAAAUUGGAAAAUGUAACGUAAGAUUUUGGUUAUUUCUGUCGGUUUAAGAAGGAAUUAUAUAUUGAAGGAGUGGUUAGAGAAAUUGAGUCCUUAAUCAGACUGUUCGUGGCCUUACCCACCUUAAUUAGACCUCACAUGCAAUAUAUAUUCUAUAGCCAUAUAUACUUUAUUUAUGAAUGGAUAUAUGACCUCUUACAACUUU